CGGUUCCAGCGCAACACUCUUCCUGCAGACAACAUACACACUGCACGAGGCGCUUCGCUCACACACCAGCAGCACGUCGCCACAGCUGUAGCAGCGCUGCUCAGUCUCCGGGGGCUGUGGGAGAUCCGAGCGAACAGGGAAGCAGGGCCCACGGGGAGUCGGGGACACAGCAGUGUGAGGCUUGGCAGGAGUCAGGACAUUCACACCGAGCGAACACCGGGGGGAAACCGACACUGAGAGAGGAAGAAGGGAGGGAGGCACCUUCUGAAAAAGACACACAACUCUCUCUUUCCUCCUAAUUUCAAAACACUUCCGCGUUAAAAUGGCUGACCGCGAGCAGGGCAGCAGCGACGGAGAGAGCUCGAGCACCGGGGGAUCCGAGCGGCGGGAGAGCGGGGCCGCGAGGGGCUUCGCGCGCCAAGGAGCUCUGCGCCAGAAGAACGUGCACGAGGUCAAGGACCACAAGUUCAUCGCGCGCUUCUUCAAGCAGCCCACGUUCUGCAGCCACUGCACGGACUUCAUCUGGGGGUUCGGGAAGCAAGGUUUCCAGUGUCAAGUGUGUUGUUUCGUGGUCCAUAAACGCUGUCAUGAGUUCGUCACCUUCUCCUGUCCGGGGGCCGACAAGAACGCAUCAGACGACCCGAGGAGUAAACACAAGUUUAAGGUCCAUACCUACUCCAGCCCUACGUUCUGUGACCACUGUGGAUCCCUACUCUACGGGCUGAUACACCAGGGCAUGAGAUGUGACCAUUGUAUGAUGAACAUCCACAACCGAUGUGUGUCUAACGUUCCCAGUCUGUGUGGAACGGACCACACUGAGAGGAGAGGACGCAUCCAGAUCACCGCAGAUAUCAAGGACAACAAACUCACCGUCUACAUCCAGGAGGCUUGUAACCUGGUCCCCAUGGACCCUAACGGUCUGUCCGACCCCUACGUGAAGCUCAAACUCAUCCCCGACCCCAAGAGUGACACCAAGCAGAAGACCAAGACCAUCAAGUGUAACCUGAACCCCACCUGGAAUGAGAGCUUCACAUUUCCUCUGAAGGACUCUGAUAAGGACCGGCGUCUGUCGGUGGAGAUCUGGGACUGGGAUCUGACCAGCAGGAACGACUUCAUGGGAGCGCUCUCAUUCGGCAUCUCAGAGCUCCAGAAACAAGGAGUGGAUGGAUGGUUUAAAUUGUUGUCCCAGGAGGAGGGAGAAUACUUUAAUGUUCCUGUCCAACCAGACGGAGAAGACGGCAACGAGGAACUACGACAAAAGUUUGAGAGGGCAAAGAUUGGUCCCGGGAAGAACACAGACGGCUCCUCCUCUAACUCCACCUCUAAGUACGAUAGCAACGGUAACCAGGACCGCGUCAAACUGACAGACUUCAACUUCAUUAUGGUGUUGGGCAAGGGCAGCUUCGGGAAGGUGAUGUUAGCAGAGCGUAAAGGAGCAGACGAGCUGUACGCCGUAAAGAUCCUGAAGAAGGACGUGGUGAUUCAGGAUGAUGAUGUGGAGUGCACCAUGGUGGAGAAGAGGGUCCUGGCCCUGUCCGGGAAACCUCCCUUCCUCACACAGCUCCACUCCUGCUUUCAGACCAUGGUAACCACACACACUCACACACAUGUCCUGGCCCUGUCCGGGAAACCUCCCUUCCUCACACAGCUCCACUCCUGCUUUCAGACCAUGGACAGGCUAUAUUUUGUGAUGGAGUAUAUCAACGGAGGAGACCUCAUGUAUCAGAUCCAGCAGGUCGGCAAGUUCAAGGAACCCCACGCUGUUUUCUAUGCUGCAGAGAUCUCCAUCGGCCUCCUCUUCCUCCAUUCCAAAGGCAUCGUUUACCGGGAUCUGAAACUGGACAACGUCAUGCUGGAUGCAGAAGGACACAUUAAGAUCGCUGACUUUGGGAUGUGCAAAGAGAACAUGUUAGACGGUGUCACCACCAAGACCUUCUGUGGGACCCCAGACUACAUCGCUCCUGAGAUCAUUGCGUACCAGCCCUAUGGGAAGUCCGUGGACUGGUGGGCCUUUGGAGUUCUGCUCUACGAGAUGCUGGCUGGACAGCCUCCGUUCGAUGGUGAGGAUGAGGAUGAGUUGUUUCAGUCCAUCAUGGAGCAUCACGUCUCCUACCCCAAGUCCAUGUCCAAGGAGGCUGUCGCCAUCUGCAAAGGGUUGAUGACUAAGCACCCAGGGAAGCGUCUGGGCUGUGGUCCGGAGGGGGAGAGGGAUAUAAAGGAACACGCUUUCUUCCGUUACAUGGACUGGGACAAACUGGAGAACAAGGAAGUCCAGCCGCCCUUCAAACCCAAAGCUUGCGGUCGCGAAGCAGAGAACUUUGAUCGUUUCUUUACACGCCACCCCCCCGUCCUGACCCCCCCCGACCAGGAGGUCAUCAUGAACCUGGACCAGGAAGAGUUCCAGGGAUUCUCAUUCGUUAACCCAGAGUACCCCGACAUGGACUGACCCAUCACAGCGCUGCAUUAGCUCCUGCCCCUCUUCCAGAUCUCAUAUCAUUUCAUCACCAGGAUAUAGUUUAAGACCAAAGGGUGUAUCCCAGUUGUCUCUCCUCCCUCUUGAGCACUUGUUCACUCCUCCUGAGUGGCGCGGCCGUCUAAUGGCAUCUCAGUGCAUGAAGCGUCAUUACAGUGCCUGGUUCGAAUCCAGGCUGUGUCGCAUCCGGCCGUGAUUGGGAGUCCUUAUAGGGCGGCGCACGAUUGGCCCAGCGUCGCCCGGGUUUUGGCCGGGGGGGGGGGGGAGUCGUCAUUGUAAAUAAUAAUUUGUUCUUUAACUGACUUUCCUAGUUAAAUAAAGAUUAAAUACAUUUUUUUUUUUUAUAAAUACAAAUGUAAAAACACAUUAUUGGUGUUAACCUGGAUUAGAGUUUCCAUUUACCACUCAUUUCCUUUCAAGUGAGGAAGUGUGUACUUUGGGAGGAAGGGGAGAGAAUUGGUACAUAGCCUAGUCCCUACCCAUAUCUACUGUUCUGUUCUAACCUAAACACAGAUCUAGGAUCAGAUUCCCCAUGCCCCUAGUCUUAACCUGAACCAUUACGGAGAUCUGACCUCUGAUCAGUGGUUAAAGACAACUUCUACUCAAAACAGAACAGAAGGUCCCAAGGUGUAUGAAAUCCUACAACAACAAAAAAAAAAUGCUGAAUCGAUCGAUUUUCAACUAAUCGAUAAAGCAAAUCAAUGAGGUUACAUUCCCACCAUCAACCAAUCAAAUGACCUCCCAACUGUUACUGGGACCAAUAUUGACCGACGGAUCGAACUGAUCGACUUUCUUACUGUUUAAUGAUCAAUCAGGGUAUUGUGUUGUUUUGUUUUGUAUUGAUUUAGGGAUGUAGAACUGUUAUGAAAUGUUAACGUCGUUGCUAUUACAACGAGGGAGGCCUCCUUGGUACUGUCACCACCACCACCACCUCACACACCAUGUUACGUUACUGUCAAACUGUGCCAAAGCAGGGUCAGAGUUCAGGGUCCAGUGUCCUCCGUUACGGGGAGACACACGGCAGCCAUUUUGUGCCACAGAGCCCCAAACCAACCCCACACCUCAGAAUAGCAUUCACAGCAACUGGAAACACACGGACACACCAGGGCUCAUCUCCAAUGGUCUUGUCAACCCGGUCCGACCACACAUCUCUAGAUAUCGCUCUGAGACCAGGGCUCAUCUCCAAUGGUCUUGUCAACCCGGUCCGACCACACAUCUCUAGAUAUCGCUCUGAGACCAGGGCCCAUCUCCAAUAGUCUUGUCAACCCGGUCCGACCACACAUCUCUAGAUAUCGCUCUGAGACCAGGGCCCAUUCCCCAUAGUGACCUGCUAUUGACCAGGGAGGGCCCGUUCCCUCUAUAGUGACCUGCUAUUGACCAGGGCCCAUUCCCCAUAGUGACCUGCUAUUGACCAGGGAGGGCCCAUUCCCUCUAUAGUGACCUGCUAUUGACCAGGGAGGGCCCAUUCCCUCUAUAGUGACGUGCUAUUGACCAGGAAGGGCCCAUUCCCCAUAGUGACCUGCUAUUGACCAGGGAGGGCCCAUUCCCUCUAUAGUGACCUGCUAUUGACCAGGGAGGGCCCAUUCCCUCUAUAGUGACCUGCUAUAGGGCCCAUUCCCUCUAUAGUGACCUGCUAUUGACUAGGGAGGGCCCAUUCCCUCUAUAGUGACCUGCUAUUGACCAGGGAGGGCCCAUUCCCUCUAUAGUGACCUGCUAUUGACCAGGGCCCAUUCCCUCUAUAGUGACCUGCUAUAGGGCCCAUUCCCUCUAUAGUGACCUGCUAUAGGGCCCAUUCCCUCUAUAGUGACCUGCUAUAGGGCCCAUUCCCUCUAUAGUGACCUGCUAUUGACCAGGGAGGGCCCAUUCCCUCUAUAGUGACCUGCUAUAGGACCCAUUCCCUCUAUAGUGACCUGCUAUAGGGCCCAUUCCCUCUAUAGUGACCUGCUAUAGGGCCCAUUCCCUCUAUAGUGACCUGCUAUAGGGCCCAUUCCCUCUAUAGUGACCUGCUAUAGGGCCCAUUCCCUCUAUAGUGACCUGCUAUAGGGCCCAUUCCCUCUAUAGUGACCUGCUAUAGGGCCCAUUCCCUCUAUAGUGACCUGCUAUAGGGCCCAUUCCCUCUAUAGUGACCUGCUAUAGGGCCCUGGCUCAGUAGAAAGUAGUGCACUGCAUAGGGCCCAUUCCCUCUAUAGUGACCUGCUAUAGGGCCCAUUCCCUCUACAGUGACCUGCUAUAGGACCCUGGCUCAGUAGAAAGUAGUGCACUGCAUAGGGAAUAGGGUGUGACCUGCUAUAGGGCCCUGGCUCAGUAGAAAGUAGUGCACUGCAUAGGGAAUAGGGUGUGAUUUCAGACGCUGUCUAGGAAUUAUCUGACCACUGCCAAACAGAGAUGUUGUUGUUUAUACUUAACCAGGGUGGUUAGUUAGUACUUGGUUAGUUAACCAGGGUGGUUAGUUAGUACUUGGUUAGUUAACCAGGGUGGUUAGUUCGUACUUGGUUACUUAACCAGGGUGGUUAGUUAGUACUUGGUUAGUUAACCAGGGUGGUUAGUUAGUACUUGGUUAGUUAACCAGGGUGGUUAGUUCGUACUUGGUUACUUAACCAGGGUGGUUAGUUAGUACUUGGUUAGUUAACCAGGGUGGUUAGUUCGUACUUGGUUACUUAACCAGGGUGGUUAGUUAGUACUGGUUUAGUUAACCAGGGUGGUUAGUUAGUACUUGGUUAGUUAACCAGGGUGGUUAGUUCGUACUUGGUUAGUUAACCAGGGUGGUUAGUUCGUACUUGGUUAGUUAACCAGGGUGGUUAGUUAGUACUUGGUUAGUUAACCAGGGUGGUUAGUUCGUACUUGGUUACUUAACCAGGGUGGUUAGUUAGUACUUGGUUAGUUAACCAGGGUGGUUAGUUCGUACUUGGUUACUUAACCAGGGUGGUUAGUUAGUACUGGUUUAGUUAACCAGGGUGGUUAGUUAGUACUUGGUUAGUUAACCAGGGUGGUUAGUUCGUACUUGGUUAGUUAACCAGGGUGGUUAGUUCGUACUUGGUUAGUUAACCAGGGUGGUUAGUUAGUACUUGGUUAGUUAACCAGGGUGGUUAGUUAGUACUUGGUUAGUUAACCAGGGUGGUUAGUUAGUACUUGGUUAGUUAACCAGGGUGGUUAGUUCGUACUUGGUUACUUAACCAGGGUGGUUAGUUAGUACUUGGUUAGUUAACCAGGGUGGUUAGUUAGUACUUGGUUAGUUAACCAGGGUGGUUAGUUCGUACUUGGUUACUUAACCAGGGUGGUUAGUUAGUACUUGGUUAGUUAACCAGGGUGGUUAGUUCGUACUUGGUUACUUAACCAGGGUGGUUAGUUAGUACUGGUUUAGUUAACCAGGGUGGUUAGUUCGUACUUGGUUAGUUAACCAGGGUGGUUAGUUAGUACUUGGUUAGUUAACCAGGGUGGUUAGUUCGUACUUGGUUACUUAACCAGGGUGGUUAGUUAGUACUUGGUUAGUUAACCAGGGUGGUUAGUUCGUACUUGGUUACUUAACCAGGGUGGUUAGUUAGUACUGGUUUAGUUAACCAGGGUGGUUAGUUAGUACUUGGUUAGUUAACCAGGGUGGUUAGUUCGUACUUGGUUAGUUAACCAGGGUGGUUAGUUCGUACUUGGUUAGUUAACCAGGGUGGUUAGUUAGUACUUGGUUAGUUAACCAGGGUGGUUAGUUCGUACUUGGUUAGUUAACCAGGGUGGUUAGUUAGUACUUGGUUAGUUAACCAGGGUGGUUAGUUAGUACUAGUUAACUGGUUAUUAGUAGCGGGGGGUUGGGACGUGUUCUGUAACUGUUUAAAGAGAGUUCUGAUUAUAUUACCAUGCAGUUAAAUGUGUCAAACUGGAAAAUACUGGAAAGGGAUUUUUUUUCUUUCUUGUGUCAAGAGUGACUGAGGAUGAUGAUGAUGAGGAGGAGGAUUACAAUGAGAAUGAUGAUGAUGAUGAUGGCUGAAUCUUGUUUUGUGUAUCGGCUGAGCUAAAGGCCUUAUCUGCACUUGGGGAGUUAACUCUACUGAAUGAUAAUGAUGAUGAUGAUGAUGAUGACGAUGAUGAUGAUGGCUGAAUCUUGUUUUGUGUAUCGGCUGAGCUAAAGGCCUUAUCUGAACAUGGGGAGUUAACACUCAAGCAUCUGCUGUCUUACAGGAAACGUACAGAGGUUUGUAACGAUGUAGGGAGAGGGGGUGUGUCUUGUACGUGUAAAUCUGUCUUCUGAUUGGAUAAUAUAAUAUAACUCAACUCA